CAGAUGGAAAACUAUACGUACAACAGCCUCACACUGGAGCUAGAGGGGAUAAAGGUCACCAAGAUUUCCAAGUACCCGGCCUUCAUCUUUCUGCUGUUGACAUAUCUGUUUAUCUUAAUUACCAAUGUGGGCAUUGUGCUCUUGAUAUUGACAGAGAGAAGCCUCCACCAGCCGAUGUAUCUGCUCUUCUGUAACCUGUCAAUUAAUGAUGUCAUGGGGAGCUCGUUCGUCAUUCCCCGGGCGCUUAUAGACAUCCUGACACCUUCCUCUGAGCGCUUCAUUCACUACUAUGAGUGUGUGAUGCAAGCGUUCAUCCUACACAUAGUCGGCACUGCUUCACACACUGUGCUCAUGAUUAUGGCCUUUGACAGAUAUGUUGCCAUCUGCAAUCCACUGAGGUAUACUACCAUAAUGACUGAUAAAAUGGUGAUCAAGCUGACUGUUUCUGCCUGGGGAGUGGCCUUUGUGUUGGUUGGGAUUCUGCUGGGUCUAACCAUACGGCUGAACCGAUGCAGGACUCGGAUCAUGAAUCCUUACUGUGACAAUGCCUCUCUGUUUAAACUCUCCUGUGAGAGUGUGUUCAUCAAUAACAUCUAUGGUCUUACUUUCACUGUAGUCCUGCUCUCAUCAUCUAUUGGCAGUAUAGUUGUUACUUACUUUAAAAUUGCAGCAGCCUGUCUAACUAGUAAGAGCAAGACUUUGAACAGCAAAGCCCUGAAGACCUGCAGCACUCAUCUGUGUUUGUAUCUGCUCAUGCUCGUCAGUGGGAUGAUCAUCAUCAUUCUUCAUCGUUUCCCCCAAUAUCGAGAAUAUGGGAAGAUUUCAGGCAUACUGUUUCAUGUUGUUCCCGGCGGCCUCAACCCCAUCAUCUAUGGGCUGCAGUCCCAAGAAAUACAUAAAUGUUUGUCUAAUAUCUGCCCCCUGAAAAAAGUUACACCAUCAUUUUAA